UGAUAAAAAGUGCUUUUGCUAAGAAAUAGCACUGAAAUGUUUUUGUAAUCAAAAUUUAAAUAUUUUUUAAUGUUCUCUCUAGUUUGUUAAAUACCCCUAAGGAAUACAGGCAACAUGUUCUACACACAUGUGCUUAUGAGUAAGCGAGGGCCGUUGGCCAAAAUCUGGCUUGCAGCUCACUGGGAGAAGAAACUCACAAAGACUCAUGUAUUUGAAUGCAAUCUAGAGAUAACCAUUGAAAGAAUUAUUUCACCUAAGGUGAAAAUUGCACUUCGAACUUCAGGACACCUUCUUUUGGGAGUUGUGCGAAUCUAUAAUAGGAAGGCAAAAUAUCUUUUGGCAGAUUGCAACGAAGCAUUGCUCAAAAUGAAGAUGACAUUUUGCCCAGGGCUGGUUGACCUUCCAAAAGAGAAUUUUGAAGCUGCUUACAAUGCUAUCACAUUGCCAGAAGAGUUUCAUGAUUUUGACACCCACAAUGUGAAUGCUAUUGAUGUUUCAGAACACAUUACUCAGAACCAAAGCAGACCAGAAGAAAUCACACUUAGAGAAUAUUACAGUAAUGAUCUACUGUUCCAAGCUGGGAGCUUUGGGGAGGAAUCUGAAAUUCUCAGAAGACAUAGCUUUUUUGAUGACAACAUAUUGCUGAAUUCCAGUGGUCCUUUAGUUGAACAUAGUUCCGAAAGCCUCAUUGGAGAAAAAUCUCUGUUCUAUGACAGUGGAGAUGGAUUUGGAGAUGAAGGGGCUGCAGGAGAGAUGAUUGACAAUCUAUUGCAAGAUGACCAAAAUAUCCUGUUAGAAGACAUGCAUUUGAACAGAGAAAUUUCCCUGCCUCCUGAGCCUCCUGAUACUAUAGUGGUAGAACCAGAUAAUUCAGAGUGUAUAUGUCUACCUGAAAAUGAAAAAAUGGAUGAAAUCACAUUAUCAAAUGAAGAACAUGGAUUUACCCUUGACCCAAUUGAUGUUUCAGACCUUGCUGAGAAAAGAAAAGGCAAAAAGAGGAAAUUGCUCAUAGAUCCAGUCAAGGAGAUCAGUAGCAAAAUUAUGCAUAAACAGCUUACUUCCUUUACGGACACACUCAUGGUUUUGGAACUUGCACCUCCUACCCGAAGAUUGAUGAUGUGGAAGAAGAAGGGAGGAGUGGACAUACUUCUGUCAAGUCCUGCCCAGGAUAUGACUCAUGCGGAACUGAAAAUGUUGUUUACAAAGUGCUUUCUGUCCUCUGGCUUUAAACUUGGAAGGAAAUUGAUACAGAAGGAAUCAGUAAGGGAAGAAGUGGGAAAUGAAAACAUAAUAGAGACCUCCGUGAUGGAAGAGCCAAAUUCUCGGCAAGACUUAAGUCAACCCAAAACUUGGAAGGAUGUGAUCAAUGGACCUAAGUGUAGCUCUCAUGAGGAUACCAAUAAAAAUAUUAAUUCUGAGGAGGAUAUUGUUGAAGUGGUAUCUUCAGCUACUGAGGAAUCUUCCUUAACGAAUGCCGUCUUAGCACAAGAAAUUGAAAAUAGUCCAGUUGAAUUGGAGUCAUUGGGGAAUCAACAAAAUUUUGAGGCAGAGAGGUGGAAUGGAAGAAUUCUUAAGAUGUUAAAUAGCUUGCGGGAAUCCAACAAGAUGGGAAUGCAGUACUUUAGUCUGAUGAAGCUCUGCAGACACAGUGACCGAAAACAAGCUGCUGCCAAAUUUUAUAGCUUUCUUGUCCUAAAAAAACAGCGGGCUAUUGAGCUGAGCCAGAGUGCUCCCUAUGCAGAUAUCGUAGCUACAGUGGGACCAAUGUUCCAUAAAAUGUGAAGGAAAUCCAGAACAUGCAGAUUUAUGUCAUAUUUGGAAUUUCUGUGUAGAUGGUUCACUUUAAUGCAGAAGCUGUCUGGAAGCAGCUGAAGGUCUAAUCCAUUUUAUAUAUUAGCCAACUGCCUAUUUUGUGUUUGUAAAGUCAGAAUAACCAUAGCCAGAAUUGGAAACCUGUUUGCUCACAGAAAUACUGAAUUGUAGCUAAGUAACAUUUUUAACUUAGCUAACUUGAAUGUAUAGUAUUUACCAUUUCCCUGACUUGAAUAUUGCACUUAGAAUAUAUUUUUAAAAUACUAUGUGCCUUCAA